UGUGCAAGCUUUAGUAAUAUGCUGGAUUUUUCUCUUGGGAUCUGUGGAGCCAUCUACUCUACAGCUCAGACGAGGUUGGUAUUGUCAGACACUGUGUCUUGCAAUCAUCUGUUGUUGGAGUUUCUGUUGUAUUACAGAGAUGCAGAGGCCCAGCUAUCUGCUUCAAAAUGUUAAAUCCUUGAAAGUGCUGCUGCAACACCCUCUUCGUCGCUUGAGCACUAGGUGUUCUCAGAUAGCAACUGGGCAGCAUUCUUCUCCAGUUGUAUUUCCAGAAAAACGUGGCAAGGUAAAAUGUUCAAGGCAAAAUGAAGCCAAUGUUGCCAGUGAAGACCCUGUGAAAGUUAAGGCCCACGAGCAUAGGAUUGACAUCGGAGAUGAGCAGUCUGACUUAUUGGGAUAUGAAAUUCUUUCUGGGAGGCUGAUUCUGGACAAGAGAACCCCCAGUUCAAGUACUAAUGUGGAGAAUGUAACAGAAACUAAAAACCAGGAUGGGAUUGUUGCAAAACUCACAAGCAAGGCAUUCAUUUGGGGAUCUCAUUUGCUGUGUCUCAAGGAAGUGAUUUCUGUGUCUUAUACUGCUGGUCUCAGACACUUUACUGUGCAUGCAUACCCAAUAAGAAAGAGAUCAUGUGGCCUAUCUUGUUUUUUGAAGCCUCAGAGGAGUCGAAAGGACUUCCACUUCUUGGCUUCUAAUUCAGUGGAAACCCUUCAAUGGGUUAGUGGCUUUGCAGAUCAGCAGUGCUUCGUGAAAUGUUUACCUCAUCCAUUGGUGUCUUCCAAGAAGCAGGGUUCUGAUAUAGCAAGUGAUUUUCUGCCCGAACAGCAUAUCAAAUGUAAAAGUCCACCUAAAAUUCUCGUGAUACUAAAUCCACAUUCUGGACGUGGUCGUUCUAGUAAAGUUUUCCAUGGCAAAGUGGAACCAAUCUUUGAGCUUGCAGGGUUCAGUAUGAAAAUAGUCAAAACAACAUCUGCUGGUCAUGCAAGAAGCCUCGCUUCUAACGUUGACCUCAGCACAUGCUCUGAUGGAAUUAUAUGUGUAGGGGGUGAUGGAAUUGUCAAUGAGGUUCUAAAUGGUCUACUUAGUAGAAGUGACCAGAAAGAAGCAAUUUCAAUUCCGAUUGGCAUAAUCCCUGCUGGUUCCGAUAACUCACUUGUUUGGACAGUUCUGGGAGUUAGAGAUCCUGUUUCUGCUGCAAUUGCUAUAGUUAAGGGCGGCCUUACAGGUACAGAUGUUUUUGCUGUUGAAUGGAUACAAAAUGGUGAUAUUCAUUUUGGGAUGACAGUUUCAUAUUUUGGUUUUGUUAGUGAUGUGCUGGAGCUCUCUGAGAAAUAUCAGAAGCGUUUUGGUCCUCUUCGCUAUUUUGUUGCUGGUUUCCUCAAAUUCUUGUGCUUGCCAAAAUACAGUUUCGAAGUGGAAUAUCUUCCCGCAUCAACAGCUGAAUCAGACCCGAAAGGAAAGGUUUCAGUGGAUUGCGGAAGGAUCGAUACGUCAGACAUUUAUACAGACAUUAUGAGAAAAUUACACACGGAUGGUAUCCCUAGAGCUUCCAGUUUAUCGAGCAUUGACUCGAUCAUGACCCCAAGUCGAAUGUCUGGAGACUUGGGCAAAACUUGCAGCAUGCAUGCUAGCAGCGAGCCAUCCGAGUAUGUGCGCGGCCUCGAUCCAAAAACCAAACGCCUGUCCUCCGGGAGAAACAAUGCAAUUUCAGAACCAGAAGAAGUCAUUCAUCCUCAACUGCCCCUGUCAGCAACCCCUAACUGGCCAAGGACCCGAUCAAAGUCAAGGGCAGACAAGGGCUCGAGUGGCUCGACAGCUAUGAACGAUUCUCGAUGUUCUUUGGGAAACAUGGCUGUGAAUGACAAGGAGGAUAUAUCAUCGACAAUAUCCGAUCCAGGUCCAAUUUGGGAUACCGAACCCAAGUGGGAUACUGAGCCCACCUGGGAGGAUGAGAACCCCAUUCAGCUGCCUGGCCCACCAGAUGACAUAGAGGUAGGGAUACCGAAGGAGGUUAUUCCUGACUACGAAGAGAAAUGGGUCGUCAAGAAAGGGAAAUUUCUUGGUGUCUUGGUGUGCAACCAUUCAUGUAAGACUGUUCAGAGUCUGAGUUCGCAGGUUGUUGCACCAAAAGCUGAGCAUGAUGACAACACUCUGGACUUGCUGUUGGUUCAUGGAAGUGGACGGCUGAGGUUAUUAAGAUUUCUCUUACGCCUGCAGUUUGGUCAGCACCUUUCACUGCCUUAUGUGGAAUAUGUCAAGGUGAAGUCAGUGAAGAUCAAGCCUAGUAAAAGCACUCAUAACAGCUGUGGCAUUGAUGGUGAACUUAUUUCGACAAAUGGGCAAGUGAUAUGUUCUCUGCUUCCCGAACAGUGCAGACUGAUUGGCCACUCCACCAAUGGCCAUGUAUAGACUUUAUAAGUCCCACGCGAGCAUGUUUCUUGGGGACAUGCUUGCUCUGUCUUCACUUCUAACAACUGACUAAAGCUGUGGAAGUGGGCAAGUCUAAGCAUUCACAUUUUGAAGUACAAAUGUCUUUACCCACUCCUCUGCAAAGGUCUGUGUAAAUUUAUGCAACCCCACAGCAGCAUUUCAAGUGAUUCUUUUUUCCUCUCUCUAUGUAGUCCUUGCAGUUGUUUGUUGACUUGUAGUCAGUGUGUUCGUUCCUGGCAUUUGGUUUUUUUCGGUAUCCAAUGAAUUUUUUCCUGUUCUUUUCUUCUUCUUCUUCUUCUUCUUCUCUUUUUUUUUUUUUUUUUUUUUUUUUGUCUUUUUAAGAGACAUUUGAAUUUGUAAAGCAUGUUUUCGUUUUGGAGCUGAUACUCUCCAUGUAUUCUUUGAAAUGCCAAUAUUGUUAAAUUUUCA